AUGAAUCCCGAGCUUGCUAGACUCUUGGCCGUUUCUCUGAUUUAUCUGCGCUGGAAACGCAGCCAUUCCCGCAGAUCGACGUGGGUCCAUCCUAUUCUGGAAACACGUCAGAUGCAUGGGGAAUUUCACCGCCUGGUGCAAGAACUGCGACUGGACAGGGAGCGUUUUCGUGCCUAUUUCAGGCUCGAUACCAGUCAGUUCGAUUUGCUCCUUAGCAAAGUUGGACCCCAAAUAGCAAGACAGAAUACAAGGUGCCGACGAGCCAUCAGCCCAUCCGAACGCCUUGCUAUUUGCCUUCGGUACCUUGCAACUGGGGACUCCUUCCGUUCUCUUGCCUUCAGUUACCGUGUUGGGGUUUCCACUGUGGCUGGCAUAGUUUCCCAAGUGACACGGUCCAUAUGGGAUUGCCUGGUCACAGAAUACAUGCCAGUGCCCACCAAGGAGGACUGGAGAACCAUUGCGGCUGGGUUCCAUGAGCGAUGGAAUUUCCCAAACUGCUUGGGAUCCAUAGAUGGGAAGCACGUAGUCAUCCAGGCUCCAAACAACUCUGGAUCUAUGUACCACAACUACAAGGGAACCUUUUCUAUAGUUCUCCUGGCAGUUGUGGAUGCUUCCUACUGUUUUCGGGUUGUGGAUGUAGGUGCAUAUGGAAAAACAAGUGAUGGUGGAACAUUAGCAAACUCCAUCUUUGGCCAGGCUCUCAGAAAUGGGUCACUUGAUCUUCCAGAAGACUCACUACUUCCAGGAGCAGAGCAUUUGGGACCCCAACCUCAUGUGUUUGUGGCAGAUGAAGCUUUCCCUCUCAGGCGAAAUCUUCUGCGACCUUUCCCUGGAUCCAGGAUUUCCCACAGAAACAGGAUCUACAACUACCGGCUUUCACGGGCACGCAUGGUAGUAGAGAAUACCUUUGGUAUUCUGGCAGCACAGUGGCGCAUGUACAGGCGGGUCAUUGGUACUAACCCUGACAAUGCUGGAGCAUGUGUGAAAGCCACAUGUAUCCUACACAACUUCAUGCGAAGAACUGAUAGGAAUCCAUCUACUGUUGCAGUGUCUGAGGGAGAAGUAGCAUCUGCCCUACAGAAUGCCCCAAGAGCCGGAAGCAACUAUGCUGCUAGGGAGGCAAUUCGAGUGAGGGAAAAUUUUGCCAACUAUUUUUCUGCAGAAGGUGCCGUUGCCUGGCAAGACCAGAUGGCCUGA